AUGGAGAACAGGGACCAGAGGCAGAAGGAUGAGGUGGCGGCGUGGCGGGGGCAGCUCUCUUUGGCUGGCAUGAACCAGUUCUAUGUCGACUGCGCGCGCGAGGAGUGGAAGUACGAGACGCUGUGUGACCUCUUCAACAUCAUCAACCUCACCCAGGCCAUCGUCUACUGCAACACCGCGGACAAGGCCACCUGGCUCGCAGCAAAGCUGGCCAGCGACGACUUCUCGGCGGGUGCCGUCCACGGGCUGGCCGAUGCCACCGACACCCGCGCCGCGCUGACCGACUUCAGGGUCGGCAAGGUCCGUGUGCUCGUCGUCACCGACAGCGUCCUCAUCAACAGCGAGCUGCCCACAUGGGGCGUAUCCCUCACCGUCAACUACGACCUGCCCGCCAACAUGGACGACUACCUGGUGCGGAUCGGCCGCUCGGGCAGGUUCGGGCGCAGGGGCGUGGCCAUCGACUUCGUCACGGAGGAGACUGCCGCCCAGGUGCGCCAGCUUGAGGAGUACUACAACACGGCCAUCCCACCGCUACCUUCAGACCUCGCAUUCCUGUAA